AUGCCACCAACACCAACAAGCCACACAAUCUUCGACACGUGGAACUCCUCCUCAACCGGCCACCAGCGCGCCGAGAACCCUUACUCGAGCAGCACCAGCUGGCGCGAAACCCGGCAAGCAAAGCUUGCGAUUCAGUUUGCCUCGUCGUCGGGAGACUGCGCGGGCGACGGCACUCGCACUACCAAACCCAACAGCGGAGGUCGAAUUGGAAGAGAGGAAGGAGAAUGGCAAUGGCUCUCGGCCGCAGAGGCCACGCGCAACCGGCUCGGAUGCAGGGAUAUCCGGACGAUGAUGGGGGAGAGAAAGAAGCGCAAAUGCAAGAAAGCGAGGACAGAGAGGGACACACUCUGUCACGCGUCUGCCGAGCCCGCAGCCGAACCCGAGAAUAAACCCCACGUCGAGGACAAAGACAAAGACGGGGGAGGAAGGAAGAUCCUCAAAGGAACAAGCAUCUACAUCAAUGGGUCCACAAUGCCCCAUAUCUCAGACCACAGACUUAAAUCUUUACUCGUGCUGCAUGGCGCGGAGAUCGCCAUCUCCCUGUCUAGGAAGACCGUCACGCAUGUUAUUAUUGGCAAGCCGAAUGGAGGGCCUGCUGGCCAUUCUGGAGCGGGGGGAGGACUCGCGGCGGGGAAGUUGCAGAGGGAGAUCUCUAGGGCUGGGUGGAGGGGGGUUAAGGUUGUUGGUGUUCAAUGGGCGCUGGAGAGUAUCAAGGCGGGGAAGAGGCUCUCGGAGGGGCGGUUUGCGAUGAAUCUGGCGCCUGGUGGACAGAGGAGUGUGAUGGGGAUGCUCCGACGGAGACGAGUUUACGGAUUUUUUUUUUUUUGUUUGCAAUGGUUAUACAAUUGCACUACCCACAGUGGAUAUUCGCUGUGGUGCAUGAUGGCGGCGUUUAUACUGUUCAUGCUUUUGGUUCGGCGGUAA